AGUCCCAGAAGCCUCCGCGCGGGGGCGGCAGGGCCGGGCCUGGCGUCUCCGGCCUCAGCGGGGCCCGCGGGCGCCCGGGGGUCUCCCCCGGUGACCGGGCCGGGGGCUGCCCAUGAGCCGCCCCCAGUGCCGGCGAAGCGGGGCCGGCCCGCCAUGGCGGCGGGGAGCGGCGGAGCCGCCCGGGAGCACCGGCUGCAGCCCGGGGACACGCUGCCGGGACUGGCGCUGCGCUACGGGGUGACGAUGGAGCAGAUCAAACGCGCCAACCGCCUCUACACCUCGGACACCAUCUUCCUCAAGCCCACCCUCCUCAUCCCUGUGCCGGGACCCUGCCCCGAGGACAGGGACGAGGACAGUGCCGUCCCCUCGGGGGACGCUGCGGCCACCCCGGCCCCGUCCCGCCACGACCUGUCGGCCACGGAUUUCCUGCGGCGGCUGGACGCCGACAUCGGGCGCUGCAAAGCGGCGGCGGCAGCGCGGCUGCUCCGCGCCGGCGGCACCGGGUGAGCCCGCCCCUGCCCUGCCCCUCUCUCCGUCUCCUUUUGGGGCGCGACGGCGGCUUUUGGCGAGCGGGCUGUGGCGGGUGCUGGGGACACGCCCCCGGCGCCUCCCUCACCGUGUCCCCGCAGCGCGGCCGAGGCCGAAGGCGGCCGCAGCGCCCCCGCCGGGCCCGCCCCGGCCCCCCGCGGCCCCCGCCUGGGCGCACGGCCCCUCAGCAGGACCCCCCGGGCGGCCGCUGCCCUCCGCGACGCCGAGGACGAGAUCUUCACGCUGUGAGCCCGGGCACGGGGUGUCCCCUCCCUGCCCUCGGCCAGGGACCCCCCUGCUGUGGGGGCAGAGGCAGCCCCUGGCCGGGCAGCUGGGGGGGUCCUGGCACAACACUCACCCACCGAUGGGGCUCCUCUGGUUGUAUUUAUUUGUCUUUGCUCUCGUUUGGGGGGGGGUCUCGGGUGUGGGACCCCCCUGUGCCAGUGCCUGGACCCCCACGGGGAUGGGGACAGUCCCCUCCCCAAGCUGAGAGCCUGUAAAUAAAACAGAGCACUGUCAGACA